AUGCCUGCGGACACCCCGGGGAAGCCGAGGGCCUCGCCGCGGGCGGGAGCGCCGGCCGGCGCCAGCCGGACCCCAGACCAGCCCCGGAGCGUGGCCGAACAUCGGAAGUCCUCCAAGCCGGUCAUGGAGAAGCGGCGCCGAGCGCGCAUCAACGAGAGUCUGGCUCAGCUGCAGAGCCUCCUCCUGGACGCCCUCAGGAAAGAGAGCUCCCGCCGCUCGAAGCUGGAGAAGGCGGACAUCCUGGAGCUGACCGUGAGGCACCUGCAGAGCCUGCGGCGCGUGCAGGUGACAGCUGCCCUCCGCUCGGACCCCGCCAUCCUGGGCAAGUAUCGCGCCGGCUUCCAUGAGUGUCUGGCCGAAGUGAAUCGCUUCCUGGCUGGCUGCGAGGGCGUCCCUGCGGACGUGCGGUCUCGUCUGCUCGGCCAUCUGGCAGCCUGCCUGGCCCGGCUGGGGCCCGCGCGCCGCCCACUUCCACUGGCCCCAGCCACCGAAGCCCUGGAGCCCGAGAUCUACGCGGGCCGCCCGCCGCCGCCAGCGUUUGACGGCCCUUGCCCCUUGCCGCGCCCCGGGGCGGCCUUGGCACCCAUCUUCCUGCCGAGGUUGGUCCUCGCCGCCCCCGGGGCCGGGUCCCAGGGCCAGGGCGCGCCCUGGAGGCCGUGGCUGCGGUGA